GUGCUUUUAUUUUUAUCUGCAAAUUGUCAUUAAAAAAAAUUAUUAAAUCAUUUUUAAGUGCAUUUAGUUGGUUAAAAAUAGAAUUUAAUUAAGUACUUUAUUAAAAAUGUUUCCUGUUUUUCUUCAGAACACUCUGAAUGGAACCAUUUAAAAUGUCAUAAACCUUUUUCGAUAAUGAUUGGCUGGAUUUAUGCGUUAGUGUAUUUAAUAAGUUACUUAGUGGCUCAAGACUUGGAAUCGCCUUGCCCGAAAUUGUUCGUCUAUGAACCCAGGAAUCCGAAUGAACCAGAUCGGAUAUAUGGCGUCUUGACUUUAAUAUCGGAUCACGAACUCAAUGGAAUUUGGUUGAGAGUAAUAUUUGACAAGCCUAGUCUGCAAUUAGGGAAUUGGUUUGGACUAGUUAAAACAGACGACAACAAAAUCUACAGAAUACAAAGCCCUACUAGAAAAUUAAUGCCAAAUACGCCAGUCAAAGUACGGUUUUAUGUCAAAUAUGACACAAACGAACCACCUCCUCGAUUGGUUGAGUGGCGCCUUAACGCCAAAACAGUUUGCCCGGAUGGGGUAGUGACAGAAUCGUAUAACACGGAAAUGUACUUUACUAGUCCCGAAUUAGUUUUAACUACGCUAAGGCCUUCUCACCCUCCGCCUCAACCCCAACCUCAACUAGAAUUGGAAAACGGAAAUACCAUGAAUAUUGGCGACUAUUUUCGACCUCAAGAAGUUAGUAAUGAAGAAGAUGAUUUUUUCGAGGGCGAUUUCGCCUUAUUGGGAAAACCAAAACCUUCAAAACCUAUCUUAGAUGAACAGUGUGGUGUAGUCGUUAAAGCUGCCCAACCUCUGAUAACCUAUGGUCAACCGACAGAAGAAGGACAAUUUCCAUGGCAUGUUGCUUUAUAUCACGCCAGAGGAAUAGAUUUAACCUAUAUCUGUGGAGGAUCUUUAAUUAGUUCAAAUCACAUCAUCACAGUUGCUCAUUGCGUGACUAGGAGAAAAACUCAAAGCGCCUUAUCUCCAAGCACUCUCAUGGUCUAUCUGGGUAAAUAUUAUCUGAAAGUAUGGUCGAAUCCCGGCAUUCAAGAUAGACAAAUCGAGAAAAUAAUAGUCCAUCAAAGAUACAACUCGCAUACGUUCAGUAACGAUAUCGCUAUUUUGAAACUGAACCAACCAGCAGAUAUAACAGAUUUUGUCAGACCGGUUUGUUUAUGGAAUGAACUCAAUCAUUUGGAAUCGGUGAUAGCAAAGCAAGGUACUGUUGUUGGUUGGGGAUUCGACCAAAACGGUAAAGUAACCGAGCAACUAACGCAGGCGCAUAUGCCUGUCGUUUCCCAAGAGACCUGUAUCUAUUCCUUCCCGGAAUUCUACUCUAGGUUCACCUCGGAUCACACCUACUGCGCAGGCUUUAACAACGGCACUUCAGUUUGCAACGGUGAUUCCGGUGGUGGCAUGGUAUUUCCAAGGAGAGGUUCGGACCCCCACAAUCCAAUUUGGCAGAUCAGGGGCAUGGUCUCGAUCAGCGUUGCAUUACAAAAUCAGUUUAAGUGCGAUUCAUCGCAUUAUGUAGUAUUCACAGAUAUCGCUAAAUAUUUGGACUGGAUCAAAAAUGCUUUACAAUUGUGAUAGGAUUUUAGAAUAAAAUCUAGACUUUUUUAACUGCUUUGUAUACACUAAAUUUAAUCGAUCGCCAAUAAAUAAUUUAUUUUUAA